AUGGAAGGCAUACGACAACGUCUGUCUCAAAUCGAAGAUGAUUUUUUUGCUGCUCUCACUGACGGCCCGGUUGCUCUCGAGGUAUUUGGCGAGGAAUGGUCAUCUUUAUCCCGCGACCUAGAUGCUGUACUUGCGUCGGACUCGAACAUUGAUUCGGACUUGGUGGCUGUGGCUUACGCAGCGGCCUCUAGAAUCGAAAUUCUUGCUCAAGCCUCAUAUGAUCUUCACGUUGACUAUCAGGCACUCACCAUUGAUGUGACCGAUGAAAUGGCUCAAUUAUCCCUGGAUGAUGAGCCAGUAGUUGCCUCGUCGUCGCCAUCAUGCCAUGACGAGCCCAAUGAUGCCAUGCAGGCAAAGAUUGUGGCAUAUUCUUGGCUUGCUGUCAAUCUCCACAAUCCCUACCCUUCCGUUGCUGCUAGACAAACAAUCGCUCGCAGCGCUGGAGUGUCUAUGCGGCAGGUCUCUGGCUGGCUUAAAACCUUGCGCAAAUCUAUUGGCUGGACUGCUCUCUGCAGAAAGAGAUUCAGGGGAUCCCGCAAAAAAAUUGUUAGCGCGGCGUCCCGUGCAUUCUACCGCACUUCAUUGUCCGACUCCCUGUCACCCGACCUCUUAUUCGAAUUCAAGGCGAUUCGAUCAAAGGUACUUCGCUUCAUCGAUGAAGCGAGUAAUUUACACUAUCCAGAAGAUGAGCACUCCUCGGAGUACGGUAUUGGUGAAACUUGCGCCGACGAUGUACGGGAGGACAAAGCGAUAUUGUCUUCGGCAGCAUGCCACCCCCAACAAGUCUCUAUUCCGUCGCUGUCGAUCACAUCCUCUCCGAUGGAGGACCCUGUGGUUGACGAAUAUGCUGUGCGCCGAACUACGACUCACAAACGUUCGGCGUCCGCCUUGUUGGAGGCAGAUGCCAUUUCAAACAAAGAGCCAAUCACUAUGCCUUCUGCAUCGGCCCCGCAAGGCGAUUUCGUAAGCACGAAUUCACAUGCCAUUGAGAGGGCUGUUAAACGUCAGCGUUCUGAUCAUAAUCUGCUCGUCUCGUCCAUUCCAACAGGGGCGAUUGACUAUCACGUCAAUUAUGCCUCGUGUCUAUCGCAAACUCAGGCAACUACAGCUUCGCCUUUAGGUUCUGAUUUACUAAGAUCGCCAUCUCGCUCUGGCUCAUCGGUUCGCCCUCGAAAGCGUCACUUAUCUAGUCUCGACCAUGCUCCCGCUCCAAAGCGAAGCAAAGGCGUGCAGGGUGCACGCUCUGUUUCAGAUCCCCUGCCGAUGUCUGCUGCAGAACUAGAGGAGCAGACAUACAAUAUCAAUGACUGGUACGGAGUAGUGUUCAAUGUGCCAGGACCUGUAUCAUUGGCCACUCCCGAUUCAACGACUCCUUUGGAGAUUAAGGUAUUCGAUAACUGGGCUCCUUGGGUUAUCUCACAAACUCAGAGGAAUGAUGAUUCUACGAAACCCCCAGAUGCCAAUGCUGAUCUACUUGCGAAUGCCAAAGCUUCGGAUUUCAUAUCCAGUUCGUUGAAUAUUACUUCUACUCCUGAAGCAAUUGUUAGGGCAAACAACUUCGCGCAAGAAACCAGCGUGAUUGAUAAUCACUUGCUCUCGUGGUCCGAUGACAUGAAGCCUACGUCUGCUAUUGAAAGCUGCUACACCGAUAGUAUCGCGUCCACGCGACCUCUUAUGGCGUCGAGAGCCUGCGGCCGCGAUGAAUUGGCGCUUCCUGCGGCACCAUCCAGCGUAUGCUCUGAUCUCAUGGGCCUGUCUGGCGAGUUCAAGGUUGUGCAACUAGAUGCCAUGAAGAUCCACACAAAUCUUUGCAAUCGGGAUGCGCACUCGAGUCAAGACAACGCCCUUCGAUACAACGUGGAACCCUGUUCUGACUCCCCACCACCUCCUUUCAUAGAGCUCAACGAUUUGAGUCCACCUAGCUACACUUUGCUGGACCAAUUUGCCGAACCCGGCUUUACAAUUCCUCCCCCGCCCUACUGUUCCUCUCCGGAGAAGAAAGGUCCCUCGCAGGAUCUUGAGGGCCUGGAUUCGGAAUUGGGACAUCCCGCUAUGUGGAUCACAUCUAUGCCGAAAUAUGCGUUUUCAGUCGAAGGCUGGGGCAGCGACAUAGCAUCCACAAUUGAACAGACGAACUUGCAGACAAUAUGCAGACUCGAUUGA